UGCUCCUCUCCGCGCUCGGGGCCGCGGCCGCCCCGGCGCCUGGCAGUUCGGGUCCCGGGCCUCUGCGUUCUGUGCCGGGCCGCUCCGGGCUUCGGGCCCCGAAGGAACCAACCCUGCGGUAGUUGGCGCUGAAAGCGCGAAGCAGGGUCCCAUUCAGGAAGUGAGUGAAGGGUCCUCACUUGACCUGGCUCUGCAGGACUGAUCAGACCAAGGCUGGGGGAGAAGGGCGGAUCAUGGCAGAGUUCUUCCAGAAGAGGAAGCAGCGCGAUGACGAGGUGCUAGGCAGUGCUGUGGACUUCCUCCUGGCCAACGCACGCCUGGUGCUGGGUGUGGGUGGUGCUGCCGUGCUGGGCAUCGCCACCCUAGCCGUGAAGCGGCUCAUCGAUAGGGCCACCAGCCCAAGGGACCAGGAGGAUGCCAAGGGGGACACUACGUGCCUGGAGGAGAGCUGGAAGGAGCUGAGCCUACUCAAGGCCACACCACGCAUACAGCUCCGGUCGCCUCCCGCUGCCCUCAGCCAGUCCCGGCCGAGCCCAGCACCCCUGCCCCCAGCCCCAGCGAAGUCCCGAAAUGCGGACACUCAGAGCGCCACUCCCUGGAGCUCCCCAGCACCUCCGUGCCUGACCCUGCAGGAGAAGCUGCUAGUGUUCGAGAGGGGCCAUGCCUGCAUCCCUGCGGCCCACGGGGCUCUGGCCAAGCAGCUGACUGGUGACAUUGCCCUGGAGCUACAAACCUUCUUCAAGACCAAGUUCCCAGAGCUGCCUUUCGGGGCGCUCGUGCCCAGCGGGCCACUCUAUGACGGGCUGCAGGCAGGAGCUGCCGAUGACGUGCGUGUCCUGGUGCCUCUGGUGCUGGAGCCAGAGUUGUGGAAGCUGGUGCCCGGCCUGGACACUGUCGCCCGGGACCCUCGCUGCUGGGCGGUCCGCAGGACUCAGCUGGAGUUCAGCCCACGGGGCAGUAGCCCCUGGGACCGCUUCCUGGUGGGCGGCUACCUCUCCUCCCGCGUUCUGCUGGAGCUGCUUCGCAAGGCCUUGGUCGCCUCCGUCAACUGGCCCGCCAUUGGGGGCCUCCUCGGGUGCCUGAUCCUGCCCAGCGUGGCCUCGGAGGAGCUGCUGCUUGAGGUACAGCACGAGUACCUGGAGCUCACUGUCGCGGUCCUCCUGGCAGUCACCAGCCCUGACGUGGAGGACCGCCUGCUUCUGGCCUGGCCUCUGGAGGGGCUGGCCGGGAACCUCUGGCUCCAGGACUUGUACCCAGCAGAGGCCGCCAGGCUGCGUGCGCUGGAUGAUCUCGACAGUGGCAGCCGGCGGCGGCUGCUGCUGCUCUUGUGUGCCAUCUGCCGCCGUCACCCUUCCCUGGGGAGACUGGGCCGUGGCCACCUGAUCCAGGUGGUCCUGCACCUGGGGGAGGAGAAGGUGAACUGGGCAGAGGAGGCCCUGGGUGAGCGCUUCCUGCAGGCCCUGGAGCUGCUCAUCAGCAGCUUGGAGCAGGCCAGCCUGCCCUGCCACUUCAACCCCAGCAUCAACCUCCUGGGCAGCCUCUGCGAGGAGGAGAUCGACAACGUCGGCUACGCACUGUACCGGGGCCUGCAGGCGCCCGAGGAGCUGCUGUAGUGGAGAGGCACACAGUGCCGCUGAGGGGUCCGGGAGCUCCCGCUCUCCUGCUUUUAGCCAGAAGUAAGGGCAGCGUGUCUUAGAAGCCCAUGGGGUUAGCAUAUGCUUGAGCCCAGCUGCGGGGCCUGAGCUUGGAGAGGCUGUGUUGCUGUCCCCUGGGCAGACCCGGGCCGCCUCUUGGGCAGCUCGAAGGGCUAGCCACUCACACAUGCCCCUCGGUGCCCUGGGCAUCAGGCCCGGGAGCGACCGACAGGACACAGCUUGGGGAAGGCCAGCCCAGGUCUCUGUGAAGAGGAGUUAGUGCCUUCCUUGGGUGCUGGUUCUUGGCAUCCUGAGACUGGUGCUGGGUGGGAAACACUACAUGGAACCCAGGCCCAGGGCCGGAGUCGCCUGGCACCCAUAGCAUGUAGCGUUCUGGCCCACUCAGUCUGUGGGGUUUGGUGUCUUGGGAUCCGCUAGCUUGCUGAGCUCACUCCCAGCACCUGGACGGGCUCUCUGCCUGAUGAGCUUCCCACUUUCUACCUCAGCGGAAAGCUCUUCUCCCUCCCACGGGGUGAGUUUGCUCUGAUCAACAGUGUUUCCUGGGAGAAUCCAUUGCCCAGAGCUGAGGGUGACCCUGGGCUUCUGCUGGCCAGGGCAGAGCAGAGGCCGUGCCCGCAGAAGCCAGGGACGCCACCACCACAGUGCCAGCACUAGCUCUCAGCCGCCGCCUGUGUCCUCACCGAAGCCUGCGGGACUGGGGUGGUCCUGCUCCCCCUCCCAGGGGCCCCUCCUGCUGAAGCAAAGCUAUGCCCCAAAGAAUGUGAGCAAGAAUAAAGGAAAAAUUCAAGCAUG